CCGGUGCGGCGGUGGCCAACUCAUAAGCAAAUUGAAUUCCUUUAGAACCUCUGGAAUCUGGAACCUCUCAUAUGUCAUACGCAAAGCUCGAAUUGCAGAAGCUCGUUCCAGGAUAUGCUAAAAAUGGUCACGCUGCGGAAGCAGUAGAGCUGUUCAAAAUAUUGGCGAUGAAGAAGGAUAUGGAGCCAGACUCUAUUACUUUGAGGGCUGCUAUUCUAGCCUGUGCCCAAGUUGGUUCACUUGAUCUGGCAAGAUGGAUGAAUGAUUAUGUCACUAUAAGUGAUUGCCGGAAUCAUGUAUUUGUUAAAACAACACUUAUUGAUAUGUAUGCCAAAUGUGGAAGUCUUGAAUUAGCUAGGGAAGUUUUCAAUAGGAUUCAUGAUAAGGAUGUUGUUGUUUGGAGUGCCAUGAUCGUAGGAUAUGGGUUACAUGGUUGUGGCGAAGAAGCUAUUGAUCUUUAUUAUGAGAUGAGGCAAGCUGAAGUGAGGCCCAAUGAUGUCACUUUUCUUGGCCUCCUUAUGGCUUGUAAAAAUUCAGGUCUUGUCAAAGAGGGAUGGAAGUUGUUUCAUAGCAUGAAAGAUUAUGAUAUAGAGCCUCUUCACCAACAUUAUGCUUGUGUUGUUGAUCUGCUUGGACGUGUUGGGUACUUGGCAGAAGCCUACAAAUUCAUUGUUAGAAUGCCCAUUGAACCAGGGAUAACAGUUUGGGGGGCCCUUCUGAGUGCAUGCAAAGUACAUCACCAUCUACAGAUGGGAGAAUAUGCAGCAGCUAAGCUGUUCAAGAUAGACCCAUAUUAUACAGGACAGUACGUGCAGCUGUCAAAUCUAUAUGCUGCUGCACGUAUGUGGGACCAGGUUGAUGAAAUUCGCAAGCUUAUGAAAGAGAGGGGAUUGAGCAAGAACUUUGGAUAUAGUCUGAUUGAGAUUAAUGGAAAGCCUGAAGUAUUUCGUGCAGGAGACAGUUCACAUCCAAGAUCUGAGGAAAUCCGGAAGGAGCUUGUUGAUCUAGAGAGGAAAUUGAAGGAGGCUGGAUUUUUCCCAGAUUCUGGAUCUAAUUUGCAUGAUUUAAGUAGUGAGGACAUUUUGGAGAGUCUUUGCAAUCAUAGUGAGAGGUUAGCAAUUGCUUAUGGUCUCAUCUCUACACCAUCAGGAAGCACUCUUCGGGUAGUGAAAAAUCUGAGGGCAUGUGUCAACUGUCACUCCGCCAUUAAGCUUAUCUCACAAAUCACUAAUCGGAAAAUAAUCGUUCGAGAUUCUAAUAGAUUUCAUCAUUUUGAAGACGGAGUUUGUUCUUGUGGAGACUAUUGGUGAAAAUAAUUGCACAAUUUACUUUAACUGUGAUUUGGCUGUACUAGUCCAGAGGAGAUGCUCCAGAGUACAUCCCACCAAUUUUUCGAAGAACUACAAAUUGAAGGACUAUGACUGACAGAUCUGUUGUUGCUGUCAUUUUGUUGUCCAUCCUAGGUUGAAAGAAAACGUUUGAAAUUUGAAAAGUGAUAUUAUCGCACUGCCGCUCCAUUGUGUGUGUCUCUCCAUUGCUUCAGGCAACAAACAGGAAUUCAGCGUCACUGCUGCCUACAAUAAGCCACCUACUACUGCACAGUAAUCUCUUGCAAUUCUUCUUCUUUUCUAAGUUUGCUUACAGCUAAAAUUUGUUAGAAGUUGCAAUAUUAGAUAUGUUAAUGACUUGCUUUUUUGGAAUUUGAACUUUGAAUUUCUUGUAAUUUGUUCCUCGAAAUUAGAGAUGAUGCAAUACAUCAGUGAGUGCACUGAUUGAAUUUAUUAGUUGAUUAAUAAUUUUAUUGGUUCAAUUUUUUAAAUUAACAUGUUAAUUAUCUAACUUUUUACCUAA